AUGUUGCAGUCUACUAGGGUUAUUAACGAUGUCAGGAGACAACAGAAUAUGCCUUUACAUGACCGAAUUAUACCCUAUCUGGAGACCGCGGGCUUGUAUCACUUAGCUAGGCUGAACAGUCAGUGGUUCUGGGUCGAUGAGCCUCUAAUUAGCACAUUCAUUGAGAGGUGGCAUCUUGAGAUCCACACCUUUCACAUGCCAUUUGGGGAGAGCACUAUCACUUUGCAAGAUGUGGCAUAUCAACUGGGUUUGCCCAUCAAUGGGGAGGCCGUUAGUGGGUGCCUGACUAACUUUGAUAAUCUGAUGGAGAAUGGAAGACCCACAUGGGCGUGGUUUCACAAAUUGUUUGGCGAGUUACCGCCACAGAAUAAAGUCAAGCAGAUGACGGUGUGCUGCACAUGGUUCCAUGAGAGGUUUUGGGUUCUCUCAACAGAUGUGAGUGAAGAGACCGUGCGUAUAUACGCGCGUGCUUAUAUUCUGAUGUUGUUGUCCUCUCAGCUGUUUGCGGACAAGAACGCAAAUCGGGUUCACCUUCGCUGGUUGCCUUAUUUGGCAUCGAUGGACGACUUGGGAAGAUAUAGCUGGGGCUCUGUUGCACUGGCCUGGUUGUAUAGAUGUCUUUGUCGUGGGACAAACAGAAACGUUGUUAGCUUGGUCGGGACACUACAGCUUCUACAGUCCUGA